AUGCCAUCUUUUAAGGAUAUGAAAUCCAAAGUGGCCAGUAAAGCUAAAAGCGCAUCCAAUGUUGUGAAAUGGAAUCUUGAAGCCAGCAUCACAAAGUAUCGCGACCAUAAAAACUUUACUAUUGAUAAGCAAGGUCGGUAUUCUGCUCGAUGCUUUCAGAUUAUGCUGGCUCUUGUGUCGUACUAUUGGAUUGGAUCUCAAGAUAUAGGUCUGGUUGCUUCCAAAAACCUUGGAGGUGUCAACUCUGCCAUGCUCAUCUUUGCCAUCUGCAGUCCAGUUGUUUCAGGAUUAUUAAUAGCAGUCUACGUAUCUCCGUGGUUUUCUCAUUCAUGGACAUCGCGCCGUAUCCUCACAAUCGAAACCAUUGCCGACGCCAUUAUGACUCUUGGAUGGAUAUUUGGAUUCAUCAUUGAACUAGUAAACGUCCAAGGCGCAUGCACAGGUGCAUCAUUGCCUGGAUGCACAAACUUCAAUUGGUUAAUGGCUUGGCUGUUUUUCUUGUUCGUGUCAUGGGGUGCAGGAUUCUUUUUUGAUUGCACUGCAUGGCAUCGGGGAGUGCUUGCAUCAGAUGAGAUCGAGUCAGAUGUGUUGAUGGAUGUGCGUCGUACUACUCGUGGCAGAAUCUAGAUUUUAACAAAAUAAACAUAUGCAUCAAUCUC